AUGCUCAUUGUCUCGUCCCGCAGUGCGCUGCUGUCCGUCUACUAUCCCCAGAUCUUCCUCAUCCUCACCAGCGGUAGCUACCUGGCACUGUCCUCGGUGGUAGCGUUGGGUGCUAACAUCAUUUGCAACAAGAUCCCUGGACUGUCCCCAAGGCAGCGCACCCUCUGCCAGAGCCGCCCGGACGCCAUCAUCGUCAUCGGCGAGGGUGCACAGCUGGGCAUCAACGAAUGCCAGUACCAGUUCCGCUAUGGCCGCUGGAACUGCUCCACCCUGGGCGAGAGGACCGUCUUUGGACAAGAGCUGAGAGUAGGUAGCCGAGAGGCGGCAUUCACCUAUGCCAUCACGGCGGCUGGCGUGGCCCAUUCGGUCACAGCAGCGUGUAGUCAGGGCAACCUGAGCCAGUGUGGCUGCGACUGGGAGAAGCAGGGCUACCAUGACCAGGAGGAGAGCUGGAAGUGGGGAGGCUGCUCGGCCAACAUCAAGUACGGCGUGGAGUUCUCCAGACGCUUCGUGGAUGCCCGAGAGAUCAAGAAGAACGCCCGACGUCUGAUGAACCUGCAUAAUAAUGAGGCAGGACGAAAGAUCCUGGAGGAGCAUAUGACGCUGGAGUGUAAGUGUCACGGCGUGUCGGGCUCCUGCACCACCAAGACCUGCUGGACCACCCUACCCAAGUUCCGGGAGAUCGGCUACGUCCUGAAAGAGCGCUACGGCGAGGCGGUCCAAGUCGAACCGGUCCGGGCCUCGCGUCUCCGUCAACCCUCCUUCCUGCGUCUGAAGGAGUCGCGGGGGUACCAGAAACCCACGGACACAGAUCUGGUCUACCUGGAGAGGUCUCCUAACUACUGCGAGGAGGACACGGCAACAGGGAGCACAGGGACGCGGGGGAGGCUGUGUAACCACACGUCACCCCAUACCGACGGCUGCAAUCUGAUGUGUUGUGGUAGAGGCCACAACACCCACCAGUACACCCGCGUGUGGCAGUGCAACUGCAAGUUCCAGUGGUGCUGUUUUGUGAAGUGUAACACGUGCAGUGAGAAGUCUGAGGUGUUCACCUGCAAAUAA